GGAGCGAGCGAGGGACUGCGGAGCAGGAGUCGCGCCGGCAGCCGCUCCGCCUCCCAACCCGCUGGGCCCCCGACGGCCGCGCCACGGACUCUCCGGGUGCCCGCGGACAGGCGCAUGGCGCCCAGGGGAGCGCGCUGAGCGCAGGGCGAGGCGCGGCGGGCCGCACGAUGGCCCUGGAGCAGGCGCUGCAGGCGGCGCGGCAGGGCGAGCUGGACGUGCUGAAGGCCCUGCACGCCGCGGGCCGGCUGGAGCCCUCGCUGCGGGACCCGCUGGACGCCCUGCCCGUGCACCACGCGGCCCGCGCCGGCAAGCUGCACUGUCUGCGCUUCCUGGUGGAGGAGGCCGCCCUGCCUGCCGCGGCCCGCGCGCGGAACGGCGCCACCCCGGCCCACGACGCCGCCGCCACCGGCCACCUCGCCUGCCUGCAGUGGCUGCUCUCGCAGGGCGGCUGCAGGGUGCAGGACAAAGACAAUUCUGGUGCCACAGUCCUGCACCUGGCUGCCCGCUUCGGCCACCCCGAGGUGGUGGACUGGCUGCUGCGUCACGGCGGUGGGGACCCCACCGCAGCCACAGACACAGGCGCCCUGCCCGUCCACUAUGCCGCCGCCAAAGGAGACUUCCCCUCCCUGAGGCUUCUCAUCGGGCACCACCCUGAGGGAGUGAAUGCCCAAACCAAGAACGGUGCCACGCCCCUGUACCUGGCGUGCCAGGAGGGCCACCUGGAGGUGACGCAGUACCUGGUGCAGGAGUGCGGCGCGGACCCGCACACGAGCGCCCACGACGGCAUGACCCCGCUGCACGCGGCGGCACAGAUGGGCCACAGCUCGGUCAUCGUGUGGCUGGUGAGCUGCACCGACGUGAGCCUGUCGGAGCAGGACAAGGACGGCGCCACGGCCAUGCACUUCGCGGCGAGCCGCGGCCACGCCAAGGUGCUCAGCUGGCUCCUGCUGCACGGCGGCGAGAUCGCGGCCGACCUGUGGGGCGGGACCCCGCUGCACGACGCCGCCGAGAACGGGGAGCUGGAGUGCUGCCAGAUCCUGGUAGUGAACGGCGCGGAGCUGGACGUCCGCGACCGCGACGGAUACACGCCCGCCGACCUCUCAGACUACAAUGGCCACAGCCACUGCACCCGCUACCUGCGCACCGUGGAGAACCUGAGUUUGGAGCACCGCGUGCUGUCGCGGGACCCGUCCGCCGAGCUCGAGACCAAGCAGCCCGACUCGGGCAUGUCCUCGCCCAACACCACCGUGUCCGUCCAGCCCCUGAACUUCGACCUCAGCUCACCCACCAGCACCCUCUCCAACUACGACUCCUGCUCAUCCAGCCAGUCCAGUAUCAAGGGCCGGCGCCCCCCGUGCGGGCUUCCGAGAGCCAGAGCCGCAGAGAUACAGAGCUACGUGGACAUGCUGAGCCCGGAGCUGAGCCUGGCCCAGGGCAAGAUGGAGAAAACCACACCGCCGCCGCCACCCAGCUUCCCGCCGCCACCCCCGCCCCCAGACACCCAGCUGCCCCCUCCCCCACCGGGCUACCCGGCCCCCAAGCCCCCCGCAGGGCUGCAGGCUGCUGACAUCUACAUGCAGACCAAGAGCAAGCUCCGCCACGUGGAGACCGCGGGCUUCCGGAAGGAGCUGGGCUCCCGCGCCGGCCACAACGGGCUGCGGAGGCAGGACUCCGGCCGCAAGCCCCGCGCCUUCAGCAAGCAGCCCAGCACGGGGGACUACUACCGCCAGCUGGGCCGCUGCCCCCGCGAGCCGGCCGCACGCCCGGGCAUGGCGCACAGCGAGGAGGCGGCGCUGCUCCCCGGGAAUCACGUGCACAACGGCUGCGCGGCGGAGCCCAAGGCGUCCAGGGAGCUGCCGCCGCCGCCCCCGCCGCCCCCGCCGCCCCUGCCCGAGGGCCUGAGCUCGCCGCCGCCCGCUCCGCCUCUGCCCUUCGAGGGCGCCGGCCCCGGCUGCGGGCAGCGCCGCUCCUCCUCGUCCACCGGCAAAGUGAGAGUCCUGAGGCACAGGAAGAGCACCAAGUCUUUCAACAUGAUGACGCCGACCGGUGACAACGCGGAGCUGCUGGCUGAGAUCAAGGCUGGCAAGAGCCUGAAGCCGACGCCUCAGAGCAAGGGUCUGACCACCGUGUUCUCCGGCAGCGGGCAGCUGGCUUCCCAGCCUGACGCGCAGCUGCCGCCAGUGUCACCAGCACCUUCCCGGCCCCGGAGCCCCACCCCGCCAGCCGCAGGGCCCCAGCCGCUGCUCAAUGGCAGCUUGGCGCCGGCGCCGCCCGCCACCCCCGCGCCAGGGGUGCAGCUGGACGUGGAAGCGCUCAUCCCCACGCACGACGAGCAGGGCCGGCCCAUCCCCGAGUGGAAACGCCAGGUGAUGGUCCGCAAGAUGCAGCUGAAGAUGCAAGAGGAGGAGGAGCAGAGGCGGAAGCUGACAGCCGCCAGCUCGUGCUGCUACCCCCGCGAGGGCUGGAGGUACUCCCGCGAGUACAACGGCGUCCUCGGGCCCUUCGGCGAGCUCAUGACCGAGGCCGACAUCCUCCGCAUCGAGCAGCAAAUCGAGAACCUGCAGGUGCUGCACAAGGCGCAGAAGCUGGAGGCGCGCCUGAAGCAGCUGGAGCUGGAGCUGGAGCAGCUGCUGCCCAUCUCAGCCGCGCUGUCGGCGCCGCGCUUCACCGUCGACCCGCGUCGCAUGCACGGCCGCGCCGCCAGCCUGCCCGCCUGGUGCAGCAAGAUCUCCACGCUGCUCAAGAGCAUGGCCACGCUGCUGGCCGCGCUGGGCGGCCGGCCCACGCACCUGGCCGAGCUGCUGGCCGCCGACACGGGCCAGCCGCUGGCGCCGCUGCCCGACGCGCCCUGGCGGCCGGGCCCGCUCUGCCUGGGCCGCUCGCACUCGCUCAGCUGGUGCCGCGAGGCCGUGGCGCGCGAGAUCCUCGAGUGCGGCGUCUCCGUGAAGCACCUCCGCGCCACCUACGAGCUGCGCGCCCAGGGCUCCCCACCCCCGCGCGGUCCGCGCCGCAGGUUCUCGCUGUCCCCCGGCGCCCCGGGCCGCGAACCCAUUCUCGAGGAGGACUACAUGGCGGCCAGCCCCGGCGAGCCGAGCGCCGCCGCCUCCAACCGCCUGCCGCCAGCCCCGGAGCCGCUGGGCUACCCGGACCCGCCCGAGGCGCCCGGCCGCCAGGCGGCGCUGCCCGAGCCCGAGCUGCUGGCGCGCAGGCCGCCGCUGCCCACCGAGCUGAGCGGCGUCCAGGACUACAUCGACCUGCGCAAGGAGCGCAUCGUCUACCUCUUCCUGGAGCACUGGCGCAAGUGGACCUUCGGCGGCCACGGGCGCCAGGCCCGGGCGCGCCUUCGCAGACUGCUGCCCCGCGUGGUGGCCGCGGGCGCCGGCCCCGCCCCCGAGACCGCCGACGCCCCCCAGCCCCCGGCCGGCGAGGGCCCCGACGAGCGGCUGCAGCGGCUGCUGAAGCAGCGGCAGGUGGUGGGGAAGCUGCUGGGCCGCUGGCGGAGCCUCCUGCGGCAGGUGCCCGCGCGCCAGCCCAGCGCCCCGGUCCUGGCGCACGGCCUGUACUGGCCGGAGCACUUCCUGCCGCCCCUGGACGGCGGCGCGCCCCCGCGCUACGACAGCCUCACCCUGGACCUCUUCAUGCUCGGCUACUUCCAGCUGCUGGAGAUGGGCCUGAGCCGCGAGGAGCGCAAGUUCCGCCACCUGCUGUGCUACGAGAUGUUCGACCGGCUGGGCAGCCACCCGUGGGAGCUCAUCCGCCGCUUCCACCGCGUGGUGCUGGAGGAGGUGGAGGCUGGCCGGCGGGGCUGGAGCGACGGCUUUGAGGAUCUCAGGCAACAGUUCUUUGGAGACGGCCCGGACGCUCAGCGGCCUUGGGAGGAAGAGGCCGAGAAGGAGCAGGAAGAGAAGAAAGAAGAGGAGGAGAAAGAGGUGGAGGAGAAGGACGAGGGGGAGGAGGGGGAAAGGGAGCAGGCCCAAGAAGCUGCUUCAGCUCAGACGGACUGGCCAGAGGGGCAGCCGGAGGCCCCGGCCCCCGCCCCGCAGCCCCCGCCUCCUGCGCCGCAGCCCCCGCCCCCGCCAGCCGAGCCUCCCCCGCCCUCGGACCCUCCUAGCUCCGAAGCCCCCGCUGAAGACCCCCUGGAGCUGUUUACUGAGAUGGGCGAGUUCAGCAACGAGGACAUCUGCCGGUACAUCGACCGCAGCUUCUCCUUCUGGAAGGAGAAGGAGGCGGAGCUUUUUGACAUCUGAGGCGCAGAAUUCAGGAUUUCCCCUCACGCACCUUAGCCUGGGCCUGGAUGUCUGCCUGGAUGCCUGGAUGAUGCGCUCCGAAGUCAGAAGCGAACCAAGAACCCUGGAGGGUGGCCUUGGAAAACCCAGGACCAGGCUGCCUGGCCACUGAGGUCGCAUCAUGGCCGGCUGUGGGGAGUUGGCCGGAUAGGCCAGGCAUGGCACAGGGCAAACCAGGAGUGCCCUCUGGCCCUGCAGCCUUGCCUGGCUCCGUGUGGAGCCAGGUGGAAGGAGCAGCCCCUCUGAGCGAGGGACUGUGGGUCCCCCUUGGGGCUGUGUGGCUCUCCACCCCUCUCUGGAUUUCACUGGGGUUCACAGCUACCUCUUUGGUUAAGGUUGGGGAGCCAGGUGUGCAGUGUUCGGUGUGACGUGUCCUCUGUAAGGUGCGAAUAAUAAAACCCUUCGCUCUGA